AUGGAGUUGAAGGUAGCCAAAAGGAAACGGAACUCGAAGCCUGCCCUGAACUCCAUGAAGACCAGAGGCCAGCGCCGCAGCUCCAUCAUAACACUGAGCAACUGCUCGGGAUGCAGUGAUGCGAGCUGCAACAGCCUUCGCCCGCUUGUCCGCAGUGACAUGGUGGAAUCUGAAAAACCUCUCCUCCACGCCCCUGUCAUGACGAGGUACCUGUGUCAACGCCCCAAAUCAAACACUGGAAACCGUGACCACACUAAAGCCGGCAUCUAUCGAGCCAACAAAGAGGUCCUCAGACGCACCCUCGUCGCAGGCCUGAUGUCACGUGUCCAGCCGGCGUCGUCGCCACCACUCUCGGUUCGGGGGAACGGCCCGGGGACUCAGCCCGCCAUCUGCUGUGUCCGCUCCCACUCAGGCAGUGAUGGUGAUCCAGACCAAGACUCAAGCAACAACUCUGACAAGGAAGGUGAUGCUCGGGAGGACAAUGAAGCAGAGGAAAAGAUGGAGGACGACAGCAAUGGUGGAGAGGAGGAAGAGGUAGAAGAGGAAGACAGUAAAGGAAGCGAUGAGGAAGAGGUAGAAGAGGAAAACAGUAAGGGAAGCGAUGAGGAAAAGGUAGAAGAUGAAGACAGUAAGGGAAGAGAUGAGGAAGAGGUAGAAGACGAAGACAGUAAGGAAAGAGAUGAGGAAGAGGUAGAAGAGGAAGACAGUAAGGAAAGAGAUGAGGAAGAGGUAGAAGAUGAAGACAGUAAGGUAGGAGAUGAGGAAGAGGUAGAAGAUGAAGACGGUAAGGAAAGAGAUGAGGAAGAGGUAGAAGAUGAAGACAAUAAGGGAGGAGAUGAGGAAGAGGUGGAAGAUGCAGACAGUAAGGGUGGAGAUGAGGAGGAGAUAGGGGUUGACACUGCAGAUGGAGAUGAGGACAAGGAGCCAGAGGACGGAAGAAAAGAGGAGGAGGUGCAAGAGGAAAAAGACCCGGAGGAUGAAAGUGAGGGAGUAGAGGAGGAGGAUAGGAUGGAGAAAAACACUGAAGCUGGGGAAGAUAAUGAGAUAGAGGAUGAGGACAGUGAAGGUGUAGAUGAAGAGCAGAAGGAAGAGGAUGUCAGUGAAGAUGAAGAUCAAGAGGAUAAAGAGCAGGAGGAAGGAGGAGAGGCAGGGAGUGAGGAGGUGCCAGAGCAGAAGGACCGGGAGGAGGGUGGAGAGAUAAGUGAAGAAGAGGAGGAGAAAGGAGAAAGCUUUGAGGAGGAAGGCCCCAACAGUGAGGCAGAAGAGGAGACAAUAGGAACAGAGGAGCAGCAGAAGGGUCAGGGGGAGGACAAGAGUAUGGCAGAGACAGAUUCAGAUGGUGGUGAUGACAGUAAGGUGGAGGAGGAGGAGUUAGAUGAGAUGAUGAUGAAGGACCUGGAGAAGGAGGCAAAGGAGGAUGAAGAGAGAGAGGAGGGCACAGUUACUACUGAGGAAGAUGACAAGGAGAACCAGGAAGAUGAUAACGGCACUGACACUGAGAAUGUCGCUGAGUCUAUCCAGGAAUCUGACAAGGUGGAGGAAGUGAAUCAGGAAGAAGCAAUAACACCUGAUGUUCCUGAUCAAUUUGACCAACCACACAACACCACCCAGAGUCCCUCACAAGGUGCUGUGAGCCAAAGUCAUUCUUAGCAUCGCUGGAUAUGGGAGCUCAAGAUCCACGCCGGACACCUCAACAGUAGAACGCCCGUCUUCCUCUUCACCUCUUCACAAAAACCCGCAAAAAGGACCUUCCGCUUAUUUCCGCCCUCCUCCUGCACCCGCAGCCGCGCCUCCUCCUCCACCUCCUCCUCCUCCUCCUCCUCCGCCUUGCUCCCAGCCCAGCUGACAGGUGUACACCGCUUUGUGUUGUUAAACGUUUCGCUUCACCGCUUGUGACACAAGUGUAAUGCUCUUAGCUCUGUAUGUACAAGCGCGUGUCAUUAUGACCCGCCUUUACGACGUCACGGGAAGCUCUUCCGGCUGCAGCUUCCGGCUGCAGCUUCCUGCGCCUCUCAGCGUCUGUGCCUCGGUCCCUUUGGCCGCUCCUCGUCUGUCCAAUAAGCAAGUGAUGUUUCUAUGAAUUUCUGUCCAGAAAUACUAUCGCCUGUCUUUCUUCUCUACAUCCUGGAACUGGAAAUAAACUCAAUUAAUGCUUUGA